CGACCUUAAUGCCCAACCGAAACCCUUCUUUAACCACCUCCCUAUUGCUACCAAGCAAAACACAAUCUCUCCUUCUUUCUUGAGCUUCUUUUCUCUGCCCUCUUCCCCAAACAGUUGACUUAAUGCUUCCGGAAAGGAACAGGAGAGUUGAAAGAGAAGCUUGUCGGGAGGAGGAAUCAGAUGGCUACAAAGUCGCGUUUUUCUACGGUCAUCCGACCGUCUCUUCCAUCUAUCUGUGCUCUGUUACGACAUACUUGCCUUGCUUGCUUGCACGAUCCUCAAAGGUCUUCUCCUUCGUUCUGGUGACGGGAUUCACAUGAAGCGAAUGAUUUCUUUCCCGACCUGAAGACUCCUCUUUCUUGCGGCCGCGGGAGGUUCGUUUAUAGUUCAACCACUUACUUGGUUCGAUGGGUUCAAAGAUGGAUCUUUUCUGAUAAACAAGUGAUCUUGAUGGGUGUUCUCCACGGAUUUUAUCUCCAACUACACAUAAUGCUUGUCGAGGUUUUUUUGGCUUAAUUUGUUGAAUGCCUUCUCUUUAGAUUUUUUGGGGAAAUUUUUUUGUCUGUGGAAUCAGUGAUGGAGAUGUCUGAAAUUGAUGGAUCUUUUAAGUUCAAAAGUCACUUGAAAUUAGCAUGCUCCUCGUAUUGGCUUUCAAUCUUGUCUUGAUAGGUUCAUCAGCAUAAAUUAGCAUGCUCCUUGUUGUUACUGUAUUCUCUUCACCUGCUUCAUCUUUUUCAUUUUUCGCUUAUUUCAGAAACAAGUUGCAAGUCUGUAUCUUAUUGUUUGUCCUUCUUUCAGAAACAAACAAACAAACAUGUGCUCCCAUUGCAUGUGUGUUUGUAGCUUUCUUAUUAGUUUACUGGUGCCAGAGAAGGAUUUUUUUAUAGGAAGGUUUGGUAAUAAUAAAACACUAAUUCCCUUUGGCAAUUUGUGCAUCUUUUUAUUUUUUUUUUCUUUUUUCACAUAAUGUUUCCCCUUCGUAUAAUAGACUUGAUCUCCAUACCUUUCAAAUAUUUUUUUGGAAGGGAUUUGGUAUGGACAUUGUCUAUUAAAAACUUAAUCUGUAAUUCACUCUACUGUUUAUUUCCUAAUCAAUAUUCUCUUAUUAGGAACUUUAUUUCAGCAAUUAAUACUUAUUUCCUACCUUGAAUACCCAAAAUAAGGAAUAAUUAAUUAUUUUCAAUUAAAAAUAAUGAAAAAAUAAAAAUAAAAUUAUUCCCUAUUAGAAAAUAUUCUCAUCUCUAUGAGAUACUCCUUUUUCAUCCAUUUUGACGACCUUGUGGACAGAUUAGUGGAGAUCAUUGGCUCUACGUAGGUUCUUCUUUUUAAUUUGUUUAAUUUAAAUAUUUUAGUUGUUUAAUUUCAUAUUUUUUAAUUAACAAAAGGGUAUGCUGUAUGCUUUAGAUUUAAUUAAUUGUUUUAUUUUUUAACAUAACAUAUAAAUUAGUAAACACAUUUAAUGAUGUCCAUGCCUUCUUCACAUAUUAAUUUAAAUUGUUGCUUAAUGCUAACUUAAUUAUUUGAAUCAUGACACUGAAUGAUUUUCAUGAUGUUCAUGCUUCAUAUGUUUAAAUUAGAUUAUUGCUCGUAUUAAGAUUAUCCAUCCUAUCAAAAGAUUUUUCAUGUCUUGAGACCAUAUUUAUAAAUUUUUAUGCCUUAACUUCUUCUAGUCGCCAAUGAGCUUCAAUGAUGGGAAUAAACACAAUAUUAAUCCACUAUUAUAGCAUAUUGGUUGCAGGAAUUAUCAUGAACUGCGAAGAAGUAGAUGCCGAGGUAGUUAGGUAUAUCGGAUUAGUUCUAAUCAUCUGAAAUGGAUUGUUGGAAUUAUGUUCAACAUGGAUAAAUUAAGUUCUAAGUUAUGCUUCUCAGCUAAUUAAUUGAUAUUGGUUCAAUUUGAAACAAACAUUUUAAGAACCCAUAGAUUCACAACUCAAUUAGUUAAGUUUGAGUUGAAAUUAUUUAUUAAUUUAAAGGUGAUUUGUCAGUUAUGAUUAAGCAAUGAUAGAACCAUAAUUUAAUUUCAGGAUUCAUAUUGAUUUAAUUUUGAGAAGUAUUUAUUUCUUUUUAUCUUAAGGAAAAUCGAAUUUGGGAAUCAAAGGACUUAAUAGGGGAGAAAUGUAAUCGCUCUAAUUUUUGUUUCAUAACUAAAAUGAUAAUCUUUAUUUCUUAAUUUACAUGCCAUUAAGUGGAAUUUUAUUUUGGUAGUUAAUACAUAUUUCCUACUUUGAAUACCAACUUAGUUAUUGUCAACUAAAAUAAUCACAAAAACAAAAUAAAUUAUUAUCUUAUUAGAAAUCUUUUUCAUCCUCUUUAUAAAUUGUCUGAACUCCUCCCUUUUCAUCUAUCGUGGCUAAGGGAUAGAUUCAAUCGUGAGAAGAAACUUACGGCGAUCAUCAACUCCAGAUUUGCAUAACAAAAUCACCCUUCCAACCUCAUCACAAUCCGAUGAUGACUGAAAAGGCAAUGGAUAAGGAUUCAGUCUCAGUAAAUCCAAAUGCAAAAGAUGGUAUGAAGAAGCAUUCCACUGGGGCAAUGAUUACUAGAGGUUCAUCAAUUCCUUCAACCAGCAAGGAAAAGCCUCUACCUAAUUAUCUAAGAGCUUAUACCAACUCGUGCCAUGAUUUUUGCAAGUAUGGAUGGAAAGAACCUCGUAAGACUGACACAAAGCUUCCUUCAGUUCUUCCCAAAUUGAAUGACAAUUUGAAGAAGCAUUCAACUGGAGGAAUGAUUACUACAGGUUCAUCACUUCCUUCAACCAGCAAGAAAAAGGCUCUACCUCAUUAUCUAAGAACUUGUACCAACUCCUGCCAUAAUUUUUGCAAGGAUGGAUGGAAACAAGCUUUUGAGACUGAUACAAAGCCUCUUUCAGUUCUUCGCAAAUUGAACAACAAUUUGGAGAAGCAUUCAACUGGGGGAAGGAUUACUACAGGCUCAUCACAUCCUUCAACCAGCAAAGUAAAGCCUCUACCUCGUUAUCUAAGUGCCUCUUCUAAUGCCUGCCAUGAUUUUUGCAAGCGUGGAAGGAAACAAGUUUUUGAGGCUGAGAGAAAGCAUCCUUCAUUUCUUCUCAAGUUAAACAACAAAUCAAAGAAGCUUUCAACUGGGGGAAGGAUUACUACUGGUAUAUCACUUCCUUCAACCAGCAAGGUAAAGAUUCUACCUCGUUAUCUAAGAGCUUCUACUAACUCCUGCCAUGAUUUUUGCAAGUAUGGGUGGAAAUAUGAUUUCAUGGCUGAGACAAAGCCUUUGUUUUUUCCCAAUUCGAUCAACAAGUUGACUCUGAGAGAUGAGUCAUAUCAAGUAAACAAAUUAAAUGUAGAAGAGAGAAACCCUUGUGCGAUCAAGCUGAAGCCCUCAUCUCAUAGAAAAGCCAAAUUUCCUGAUAAACCAGCUGUCAAUAAGGAAAAGUUUUCUUCAAAGAACAGCAAGGAUGGAUUUUUAGAGUUCCCUGUCAAGAUUAAGUUGCAAUCUCCAAUAUCAACACAAACAAGCAGUAUAUCUAAUGAUCAUAUAGUUAUUCCAAUUUUGACGAAUGAAGAAUCUCAGGUGAGAUACACUAAUCCAAGGGAUCAAAAGAUGAAACAUGUUAUCAAAUCAAAGAAUCUGAUCGAGUCACAUUCAUUUUCUUACCAUCAUAAAGUUGGUGAACAAUCUACUGACAAUGGAUUUGAUGCACGACAGAAGACUGGUAUCAUCAAGAAGAGGACUUUAUCUCUAUGGGAAGCCAGUUCAUCUUUUAAACCUAAACUGGUUAAGCAAACAUCUUUGAAGAGCAACAUCACACAUAAGAUACCAGUUCCUAGUAAGAUCACUCCUGUUAGUGCUGCAUCUAAGAAGGUCAGUGAGAUAACAACUGUAGCAUCAAGAUCUGUGCUUUCUCCUUCACAUGAACCAACUGGACGAAGAAAUGGGAAAGAAGUUCUUGCUAAGAGUGGUGAAAAGAAAGAUAUGCUAGAAAAGAAGAUGUUGAAACCAUCCACAGCUUCUCCAUCUCUCACGUAUAUUGGUGAUGGUGUCUUGAGUUUGAACCACAGGAAACACAAGCAUGGAAAGGAAGUGAUCCCUGACAAGAAUCAAGAAGUUGGAAAAGCCCAAUAUGAUAGUGAGAACAAUGAGGAGAAAACAUUGUAUGUUAAUAAGAGACCUGAGAAAGCUGGUUUGGAUUCUACAGUGCAGAAAUCAUCAAAAACAGGGAAUGUUGUCUGUGAUUCCUCAAAGCAACCACUACUGAAAUGUGAAAAUAGUGAUAUGGAUUUCCCACUGCAGGAAAUGCUCGAGCCGGAAAAUGCUGACACCGAAAACAUCAAUCUUCAUUCCUUUGAACUGAAUCUUGAUCAUCAGAAAUUGAUUGAACAAACGAGUGUUGAUAUAAACUUUCCAGAGAAGAAAUUGUUGAACCCAGAGAACUCAGAGAAUGUCAUUAUAGUGAAGCCAGAAAAUGCUGACAUGGGUAUCCUAUGGAAGAAUUUUCUGGAACUAGAGAAUGGUAAUUUUGAUUCCUUUGAGUUGGAUCUUGAUGAUCAGAAAUUGCUUGAACAAAAGAAUGCCGACAUCGAUUUCCUAAAGCAAAAAUUAAUGAACCCAGAGAACCUAGAGAAUGUCGAUAUACUCAAGUCAGGGAAUACUAACAUGAGUGUCGUAGGGCAAAAAUUGCUAGAACUAGAUAACAUUAAUCUUCAUUUGUUUGGACUGAAUCCUGAUGAUCAAGAACAAAAGAAUGUCAAUAUGGAUUUCUUAGAGAAGAAUUUGUUGAACCCAGAAAAGAUAGAGAAUAUCAAUAUGCUCAAGCCCGAGAAUGCUAACAUGGGUGUCCUAGGGCAAAAAUUGCUGGAACUAGAGAACACUAACUUUGAUUGCUUCAAAUUAAAUCCUGAUGAUCAGAAAUUGCUCGAACAAAAGAAUUUCAAUUUAAAUUCACCAGAGAAGAAAUUUGUAAACUCAGAUGACCCAAAUAACUCAGCAUAUAUUGAUUUGUUUAAGCCAGAGAAUGCUGAUGUGGAUGUUUUAGGGCAAAAUUUACUGGAACUAGAGAACAUCAAUCUUGAUUCCUUUGAACUGAAUCCUGAUAAUAAGAAAUUGUUUGAACAAAAGAAUAUCGAUAUGGAUUUGCUAGAUGAUUCCUCAGAACUGAAACAUGAUGAGGAUUGGAAAAUGGUCAAAUUAAAAAAUGUUGAUAUGAGUUUUCUAGAGCAAGAUUCGUUGAUGCCAGAGGAAAUAGAUUUCGAGUCCCUGGAAACAGAACCUACCAACCAGAAAUUGCUCGAGCUAGGCAAGGAUUACAUGGAUUCCCCAGAGCUGAAAUUGCUGAAACCAGAGGACAUCAAUCUUGUAGACACCUUGGAAAUGAAAUCUGAUGGCGCCGAUGUGAAUUUUCUACAAGAGAAAUUGUUGAAAUUAGAGAACAUUGAUGUCGAUGCUCUGGAACUGAAACCUAGUGAUGACCAACCAUCCCAAUCUGCUACAGAUGAUGUGGAAGAGAUUGAGGAAUCAGAGUCUUCUUCUUCCGAAACAACUGAAUUGGACUCGCAGAAUGAGAUUAAGGAAGACAAUGAGAUGGAUUGCAUGGACUCCCCAGAGCUGAAAUUGCUGAAACCAGAGGACAUCAAUCUUGUUGACACCUUGGAACUGAAAUCUGAUGAUGCCGAUGUGAAUUUUCUACAAGAGAAAUUGUUGAAAUUAGAGAACAUUGAUGUUGAUGCUUUGGAACUGAAACCUAGUGAUGAUCAACCAUCCCAAUCUGCUACAGAUGAUGUGGAAGAGAUUGAGGAAUCAAAGUCUGCUUCUUCCGAAACAACUGAAUUGAACUCGCAGAAUGAGAUUAAGGAAGAUAAUGAGAUGGAUUUCAUGCACUUCCCAGAGCUGAAAUUGCUGAAACCAGAGGACAUCAAUCUUGUUGACACCUUGGAACUGAAAUCUGAUGAUGCCGAUGUGAAUUUUCUACAAGAGAAAUUGUUGAAAUUAGAGAACAUUGAUGUUGAUGCUCUGGAACUGAAACCUAGUGAUGACCAACCAUCCCAAUCUGCUACAGAUGAUGUGGAAGAGAUUGAGGAAUCAAAGUCUGCUUCUUCCGAAACAACUGAAUUGGACUCGCAGAAUGAGAUGAAGGAAGACAAUGAGAUGGAUUUCAUGGACUCCCCAGAGCUGAAAUUGUUGAAACCAGAGGACAUCAAUCUUGUUGACACCUUGGAACUGAAAUCUGAUGACGCCGAUGUGAAUUUUCUACAAGAGAAAUUGUUGAAAUUAGAGAACAUUGAUGUUGAUGCUCUGGAACUGAAACCUAGUGAUGACCAACCAUCCCAAUCUGCUACAGAUGAUGUGGAAGAGAUUGAGGAAUCAGAGUCUGCUUCUUCCGAAACAACUGAAUUGGACUCUGAGCAUGAGAUUAAGGAAGAGAAUGAGAUGGAUUGCAUGGAUUCUCCAGAGCUGAAAUUGCUGAAACCAGAGGACAUCAAUCUUGUUGACAUCUUGGUACUGAAAUCUGAUGACGCCGAUGUGAAUUUUCUACAAGAGAAAUUGUUGAAAUCAGAGAACAUUGAUGUUGAUGCUCCGGAACUGAAACCUAGUGAUGACCAACCAUCCCAAUCUGCUACAGAUGAUGUGGAAGAGAUUGAGAAAUCAGAGUCUGCUUCUUCCGAAACAACUGAAUCGGACUCUGAGCAUGAGAUUAACGAAGACAGUGACAAUUGUGAAUCUUUAAAAAGUGAACAGAAGAGAAUAGUCAGAAGAGAUGCGAUUGUUCAUCAUCGGGAAGAUGAGUUUUCCAUACCACACAAAUUAAAGUUUACGAGAGGUAAGGCAAUUGAACUUCAGCCUGAAAACAAUGGUCCAAAAAGGCUAAGAUUCAGGAGAGGAAGAAUGGUGGAUAGAAACGUCAACAGCAGUCACUUAGAGAGGGAGAACUUCCAAAGGAGUGAGAUGGCCGACGUGGUAACUGACUCAAAACCAGAAACUCAAAGCAUUGUGCUAAAACACCAAGAUACACAGGAGAAGGAUGUGCGAGGCUUAUUCAACAAUGUGAUAGAAGAAACCACGAAUAAACUAGUGGAGACUAGGAAGAGCAAGGUGAAGGCAUUGAUUGGUGCAUUCGAAAUUGUGAUCUCUCUCCAAUAGAGCAAACUAGAAUCUACAGUGACAUUCUUUUUCUGAUAACUGACUCAAUGUUAGUAGUAGAACUGUCAGUGUUCACUUCAUCCAAUGUUGAUAAAGUGAAAAAAAAUUGUAUCAUAGAGUAGUAGUGUGGAUAUACAAAGUAUACAUGAACUUGGAUAUGGGAAGAUGCUUGUCUAAAUAUGUCAACAUGUUCAGGGAAGUUGGCUCAUUCGAAAAGUUCUUGUGGGGUGGUACAAGUGAUUCCUGUCAUGGAACCUAUUCCUGUAAUGGUACUUAUCCCUUGUAGUCAGUAAGUGCACUGUUCUCUUUGGUUUGAGAUUCUACUGAAUAAGGAGG